AUACUAAAGAUCAGACCACAUACCAGUAGUGCAGUUAGCUGAACUUCCCGACUUCAACAGUUCAACCCGUAACCUUCAAUUGAACCAAUCUUAACCCCGUGAAAGAACUUCAAUUCACCACCGCAGUCGAACCGCACAUGAAUUCGACAUGACAGUGCUAGUUGAUUUCGAAUUCAACUCCAGAAGGAACCAAUUUGGGAUUUUGGGUGGACUACUGGUUCUCGUCACCAACUCCGCCUCAAAGUCCCAGUACUAUCAGCAACUAAUAGAACGGGGAUUUUGCAAAACGGGAAUUUCUUUUCACGGACACGUCAUUAGUGAAGAGAAGACGGACUAUACCCUUACUGAAAUGACCUUGAUAACCCCAUCUUAAAACUGCUCGUUAAUAUCGCAUAUUAACGAGUAUUUUCUCAUUAUUCAGCUUUCAAACACACAAUUUCUGCUUCUGAAAAAAAAAAUAAAAAAUAAAAAAACACAGUUUCUGGUCACUGGUUUUUCUUAGUAGGUAACCCGAAGUGAGCUUUUAUACUUGAGUUGAAAAUUUUGUCAUAAUUCAUCGCAAAUUAAUCCAGAAGUUUCGAUUCAAAAGUUGGUUUUCUGCAAUGGACAGCAGUGACGAAGAUGAAGAUUUUUCAUACCAUGAAGGCAUAAUCCCACAAUCGAAGAUCAACUCUCUCUUUCAAUCUAACACUGAAAAGGGAAUCAGAAGAUUGUGCUGUGAGCUGUUGGAUCUGAAGGAUUCAGUGGAGAAUUUAUGUGGAAAUACAAGGGCAAAGUACUUGGCUUUCCUGAGAUUAUCGGAAGAAGUUGUUGAAAUGGAACAUGAAUUGACUGAUCUGAGAAAGCACAUUUCUGCCCAAGGAAUUUUGGUACAGGAUCUGGAGAGUGGCGUAUUUCGUGAAUUAGAUGAGUGCAUCAAAGCUGGUGAGCAAGAAAACGUACCUGAAUUGCAGAAUUGUGAGCAAGAUGAUGUGUUGUGUAAAGACACCUAUGAUGCAAAAAGAAUAUUUUUGGAAAAGAUUGAUUUCCUCUUAGCUGAGCACAAACUGCAGGAUGCCUUGGAAGUUUUAGAAAUGGAGGAAAAAAGCUCACCAGACCUGAGAAGUGCUGGAGAUAUUUCAUCAAACGUAUCCUUUUAUAAAUCUGCUUUCUUGAAAAGAAAGGCUACUCUUGAGGAUCAGUUUGUAGGAAUCAGCAGUCAGCCUUCACUUGGUGACGUUGAGCUGAAGCAGGCUUUAUGUGGUUUGCUAAAACUUGGAAAAGGACCCCUAGCACAUCAGAUACUGCUCAAAAGAUACGCUUCUCGCCUCAGAAACAGAGUUGAAGCUUCUGUUCCAUCAUGUUCCCUUUAUCCAGAAACAUACCCAGCUACAUUGUCAAAAAUUAUAUUUUCUUUUAUCUCAUUAGCUGCGAAGGAAUCACAUUCUACAUUUGGCGAUGAUCCUAUAUACACAAAUAGAGUAGUUCAAUGGGCAGAGGAGGAAAUUGAAUUUUUUGUGCGGUUUGUUAAGGAGCAUGGGCCUUCAUCUGAGACAAUUACUGCACUGCGUGCAGCUAGUGUUUGUGUGCAGGCUAGUCUCAGCAAUUGUAUAAUCCUGGAAUUACAGGGAAUCAAGCUCUCUAAGUUACUUAUGGUACUAAUGCGGCCUUAUAUGGAAGAAGUUUUGGAGAUGAACUUUAGAAGAGCAAGACGAGUAUUUCUAGACAUUUCAGAUAAUGAUGACAGUCCUUUGUUGUCUCCUCGGUUUUUAUCUCCUUUGUCAGUUUUUGCACCUUCACCAGAUAAUGCUCUUAUAAGUAAUGGAGUGAAGUUUAUCUCUAUUAUCAAAGAUAUUGUUGACCAGCUGACACCCUUGGCCAUUCUACAGUUUGGGGGAAAUCUUUUAAGUAGAAUUGUGCAACUAUUUGAUAAUUAUGUGGACCUUCUAACUAAAGCUUUACCUAGUCCUUCAGAGGAUGAUGGCAUUACAGAGCUGAAGGAGACUCUUCCCUUCAAAGCUGAGACAGAUUCACAACAGCUUGCGCUUUUGGGGGUUGCUAACAGUGUUGCAGAUGAGCUACUACCAAUGGCAGUUUCAAGAAUUUGGAAUAUUAAUAUGGAGACUCAUGAUCCAAGCAUUGGAUCCCAUGAGAGCAUCUCGUCUAUAGGAGGUAAUGCUGUUGAGUUCAAGGAUUGGAGACGUCAACUUCAGCAUUCUCUAGACAAGCUCAGGGAUCAUUUUUGCCGGCAAUAUGUUUUGAACUUCAUAUAUUCUAGAGAGGGUAAUUCACGACUUGAUGCCAGAAUAUAUGUUGAUGAAGAAGGGGAGAACUUACAAUGGGAAUCAGUUCCGCUUCCUUCACUUCCAUUCCAGGCUUUAUUUGCAAGGCUACAACAAUUAGCUACUGUUGCUGGGGAUGUAUUGCUUGGAAAAGAGAAACUUCAGAAAGUUCUACUGGCAAGGCUGACAGAAACAAUAGUCAUGUGGUUGUCUGAUGAACAGGAAUUUUGGGGUGUAUUUGAGGAUGAAUCAGUUCCAUUAAAGCCAUUUGGCUUGCAGCAGUUGACUCUUGAUAUGCAUUUCACUGUUGAAAUUGCACGCUUUGCUGGCUAUUCAUCAAGACAUGUGCUACAGCUAGCAUCUGGAAUCAUUGCUCGUGCAGUCAAAACCUUUUCUGCAAGAGGCAUUGAUCCGCAGAGCACACUUCCAGAGGAUGAGUGGUUCUCUGAGGCUGCCAAGGCUGCCAUUAAUAAACUUUUGCUUGGAGCCUCUGGGUCAGAAGCAUCAGAACCAGACGAAGAACAAGAACAUGACUUUCUACAUCAACAACAUAUCGUGUCAGAUUCUGAGGACUCUAUUUCCUGUACUUCAACUGUAGAUUCCUUCCAUUCUUUUGCCUCUGCAGAAACGGGAGAUUUGGAUAGCCCCUCACAUAUUAUUGAUCACGAGGCCUGAAACCAGCUGGAAAUUGUACUUAUACUUGGUAGAGAAUGAAGGUGGUUUUGGUAGCUUUUGAAAGCCUGAUUUAGGUCUAGAGGAAGAAGCCGAGGUCAUAUAAGGCCCAGAUAGGGUAAUGCCUUUUGGGUUUUUCAGUAGGUUAGAACAUGUUGUCAAUAUUAGUCGGUAAUCUUCUCAGAGAGUACUAAGUUAUUUAAAAUCAGGUAUAUUUGGCAAGUGUACUUAUGUUCUGCGAGUAAAGAGGAAUGGUUUCAACCAGGGGAAACAGGUUUAUUCUUGGAGGAAUGCUUAUUCAUUGCACCUACAACCACUGUCAAAUGGAACCGAAAAUCAGAGGUUUGAUCUUUACACCUGACACAACUGAACAAUUUUACAUUACCAACAAGCGCGUUAUCAUAAAUAAUCUUCAAUGCAGAUUUGUUUUACA